CCCAGUGUCCCAGUCCGACCUGGUCUGCGCUGUUGGCGCUAAGACGCUCCGCGGCGAUGGGUGCUUUGGUUAAGCGCAGCAGCUGCCUGGCUGACGGCUUGCUGCAGCACCAAGUGGCCAUUGUCAGCGGCGGGAGCACGGGCAUCGGAAAGGCCAUCGUCACCGAGCUCCUGCGCCUGGGGUGUAAUGUGGUCAUUGCAUCUCGGAACUUUGAUAGAUUGAAAUCUGCUGCAGCUGAGCUGAAGGCCAGCCUGCCCCCCUCCAACCAGGCUCAAGUCACUCCCAUAAAAUGCAACAUCCGGAGAGAAGAGGAGGUGAAUAAUUUGGUCAAAUCCACCUUAGAUAUUUACGGUGAAAUCAAUUUCUUGGUAAACAAUGGAGGAGGCCAGUUCCUAGCUCCUGCUGAACACAUCACUGCAAAAGGGUGGCAUGCCGUGAUCGAGACCAACCUGACCGGGACCUUCUACAUGUGCAAAGCAGUUUAUAAGUCCUGGAUGAAAGAGCAUGGAGGAUCUAUUGUCAAUAUCAUUAUCCUUACUAAAAAUGGAUAUCCGGGAAUGUCUGAUAACAGUCUGUAUUCCUCAUUUGGAGCAACGUUGGCGAGGGAUGAUGAGCAGAAUCUGUGGAGCACGCCUCGCGAUGUGUCCCACACAGAGGCGGACGACGACAGAGUCCUGUACAAUUUGAUAGUCGUUCGUAAUCAGCAGGCCAAAGAUUCAGAGGAGUGGCAAAAGCUCAACUAUGAUAUCUACACCCUGCGACAGAUUCGAAGGGAAGUGAGAAAUAGGUGGAAACGCAUUUUAGAAGAUUUAGGUUUUCAAAAGGAAGCAGACUCUUUGUUGUCAGUGACGAAACUCAGCACCAUCAGUGAUUCUAAAAACACAGGGAAAGCUCGAGAGAUAUUGUUAAAAUUGGCUGAAGAGACCAACAUUUUUCCAACAGGCUGGGAGCUCUCGGAGAGAUAUCUCUUUGUUGUGGACCGUCUCAUUGCUCUUGACGCUGCAGAAGAGUUCUUUAAGAUUGCCAGUCGCACUUACCCCAAGAAGCCUGGGGCCCCUUGCCUGGCAGAUGGCCAGAAAGGACUGCACUACCUUCCAUUUCCAAGUCCCUGAAAGAGAGGCUUGGAGACAGAAUUGGAAUUCUUCUGCUGGAACUCAGCAGCCAACUGAAGUUGGACAAAAGCAUAUAGAAGAGAGUGAGCUAAGCUCACUAGGGCUGGCUAGGUGAAAAAUGAUUCUGAAUCCUACAGAAACCUAUGGGUUUGGAUAUCUGGUCUUCAGGAGGACUUUAUGAAAUGUUCAGGUCACAUUGAACCAUCUGAGGAUCUUGCAUCAGACAGUUGGGUCAGUGGGCUGUUUCAUCUUGGGUGAUUAGAUUCUGAGAACCCAUUGACCCUGUUUUGGUUUUGGUUGUACAAUAAGCUCCAGUCAUUAAUCCUAUUGGGAUAAUUGGGUAUUCUAGUUGAUAGAACAAUAAGAUUAAUAGAGAGAGCUAUCAUUGAACCCAAAUAUGGGUUAGCAAUUUUUAAGUAAUUUUUAUAUAAUGUCGGCUACCACCAAAUUAAUACCAGGCAUUAUGUGACCUUUCUUUGAUCUGGAAGAACCUACAGAGCCCUGGAGGGUGUCAGAGGCAUCAUUUUGAGUAUCAGUCAUGAUUAUUCAGACGUCUGGUAGACCAGACGGUAGAAAUGUCUAGGAGUCCUGCUCAGAAGUGAGUUCGAAGUAGAGUGAUCCCAAGCAACUUCCUGCAGUUACGUGUAAGAAGUUCUGUCUUCACUUGUAGUACAAGCAUCUUCAAUUCCCAAUAUUACUGCUAUCUGGUUACCUCAUUUUUGGAUAUUGUCCAUUUCUCCUCCAUAAGCCCUUGAUAUUUUAUAUUUUAUCUGGGAUGCCAUCUGUAAACUGAAACAGUUGACCCCCACUUCCUUCUCUUCUCUUUAAUCUGUUUUGGGUUAUCGGCUGACAGUUGCCCCUGCCCCAGGACCACUCCUGCAGACUGUCAGCUCUGCAGGCAGUGUUGCAUUGAAGGUCGUUGCUGGACUCUCUUUCCUUCUGAAGCUGAGUUUCAAAAUGGAGCAAUGUUGUCAAUACAGCUUGCUUCUAUCCACGGAUAGAGAAAUCCAGCUUCAAAAGUUACUUACUGCUUAAGCAAGGAGCUGGCCAAGAAAUCAUGGUUCAUUUUUUUUUGAGAAGACUUUCAGAACUUGUAGGAUUUAUCAGUACAUUGCUGACAACAAUGGCAAUAUUUUUACUUGCUGACAACAAUGGCAAUAUUUUUACUUUUACAUAUUUUGUUGUUCUGACUUCAGGUUAAAAAGUAGCUGGUAUUUAGUCUGUCCAGGGGACUUGAAAAUUUCCAUCUCCAGACCAGCUCCUUUCGCAGUGGACACAAUGUUUCAAAUAGUUGUUAGAGGAGGUCCAUGCUCUCCAUUUGUUAACGUGUUGUAGACCAAUUUAACUGACAUAUUUCAGGAAGAUUCUUUCUAGGUUAAUAAGUAAGCUAAAAGUUUUAUUUUUUAUAUUUGAGCUUAAGCCCUUUCGUGUUGUUUAAACUUAGCCUGCAGAUAUAUUCCGAUUCUUCUGUAGGCUCUUGCAGCUUACAAACAGUGACACAACAAAAACAAACAAUAAAAUAAACAGCAAUGUCUUUGCAAAUUA